AUGGUAGAUGGCUAUUACAGAACGGGCAGAGGACUAGGAGGGUAUGGGGAAGUUUUCCGGUGCAAAUCUUAUCAGUCCAUUGCUGCUCUAGUUGGGGUUUCAGAAAGACCGGUUUCAGGAUUCUAUCACCUCUUGGAGGGGAUCCUAGCUGGUUUUAAACUCGCUCACGAUAAGAACCCUUUCAAGCGUUAUGUCGAUAUUGGGAAAGUUGCUCUCGUUAACUAUGGAGAAAGUUACGGUAAACUUGUAGUCAUUGUUGAUGUCAUUGACCAAAACAGGGCACUUGUUGAUGCUCCUGAUAUGGUGAGAAGCCAAAUGAGCUUCGGGAGGCUCUCGUUAACAUACAUCAAGAUCGACAUUGGCAGAAUCCCCAAGAAGAAGGUUUUGAUUGGCGCCAUGGAGGCUGCAGAUGUUAAGAAGAAAUGGGAAAGAAGCUCUUGGGGUAGAAAGUUCAUUGUUCAAAAGAAAAGAGCAUCCUUGAAUGACUUUGACAGGUUCAAGGUCAUGUUGGCAAAGAUCAAGAGGGGUAAAACUGCUCGUCGGGAGCUCAGGAAGUUGAAGGAAGUGGCUGCUAGGAGGGAGGGUCUUGAGUGA